UGGCAGAACAACCUACCCAUCCUCUUUUAGGGCAGGCAGGCGGGAGUUCAGAAGAGGCGACGGCGGGCAUCGCGGGGAGAGAAAGAGGCGGGCAGGGAAAGGAAGGAAGGAAAAAGGAAGGAAGGGAGAAGAGACCCAUCACUCAUUGCAACCGCGGCGGCAACUAAAAGGCAUCGGUAGCCGUCCGGGGAAAUCUGGGCAAAUAUGGUGGCUGUUCACACUUCUCAUUCUUCCUCCUCCACCGAGUGGAUCGCUUGCUUGGAUAAAAGACCUUUGGAGCGUUCAAGUGAAGAUGUGGAUAUUAUAUUUACUCGCCUAAAAGAAGUAAAAGCUUUUGAAAAAUUUCAUCCCAAUCUUCUCCAGCAAAUAUGUCUCUGCGGCUAUUAUGAAAACUUGGAAAAGGGUAUUACAUUAUUUCGUCAAGGUGAUAUUGGAACAAAUUGGUAUGCUGUGUUGACAGGAUCCUUGGAUGUUAAAGUUUCUGAUACGAGCAACCAUCAGGAUGCUGUGACAAUAUGCACCUUGGGAAUAGGGACAGCGUUUGGAGAGUCGGUCUUGGAUAACACCCCUCGUCAUGCUACCAUUGUUACAAGAGAAAACAGUGAACUCCUGCGCAUUGAGCAGAAAGAUUUCAAGGCACUUUGGGAGGUCUCUUAGCGAACGAGGAUUGAUUCCAGCAACUUUGUUUGCAAGUUGGAAAUGGGGAGCAAAUUUGUGUAGUUUGUGUAUCACGCUUUUGCUUUGCAGUAACAUAGCUUGUGCACCAUUUUCAUCAUCCGCUAAAGUGGGCUACAGUGAUCCUCCUAAUCUACAUCUGUAGCCAUAGAUCAUGUGCACUGACCUAUGAAAGAAUUCUUCAAGCAGUGUCCUACAGCGAUGGUAGAAUGUAUAAAUGAGGCUUUCCUAAAAUUGCAGAAAUAGUAGCCAACUGAAGGUAAGACUCAUUAAAUAGUCAGUAUUCUUGAAUUUGUCCC